AGAUCCAGGCGACGCGUCGUAAGUUUUUGGUAUGGUGCACCAACACACUACGCGCUAUUGAGGCCUCCGAUCAGUCGACCAAGGUGGAGGAAGCUCUGGAGUUUUUGGACGAUGUGAUUGAAGACACCACCAAUGUUUACCAAGGUCAACUCUCAAUCGAUAUGGAUAUGGCAAAUGCCAAGGAUAUUGACGAUGGUCAAACGGUCACGGGGAUGCUGGAUGAAAUGCACGAACGUGAACAACAACUGGAGGAUGCCUUUGUGGAAAUCAAAGCUCGUGACAACGCCUUGGCGGCUAAAGACCAGGCCCUGGCUCAGCAGAAAGCCGCGACUGCGGCUCUUCAAGCCCAACUUGACGCCCUUCAACGCCAGACAGCCCACCACUUGGCCAUCGAUUCGCAACCACCUACUCAAAACAAUGAGGUAUCUCCAGAUCGGUCCGAUUUCACUACGCCACCAAAAAAGAGGAAAAACAAGGAUACUUCCACGACUAAGAGGAGAGUUGACAGGUCUAAGGCUGGUCUUAAGCCGCCCACUAAGUCAACUCGUACCAGCACGUCUGUUCACUUUCAGCAGCCGAAGCAGCGCUCUCAGAACACAUCUCAGGUCCAGGUGGACACAACUCAGACGGAGGGUGAUACUACUACAGCUGUGUCCCAGGACGAGAGCCUCUCAUCUCUGACAGCGGCAUCUCCGGGAGGUGUACACCCAUUCUUUCUCCCUUCUCCAUCUGGCAAAUCCGGAGACUGCCUUGGCGUCGGCCAUCGCUGUCGCUCUUCACUAGCUACUCGCGUCACCUUCCAGAACGUUAACGGUGUUCCGGAGGAAGGUGACCAUGUGAAACAGCGGCAGAUCAACUCCUGGCUGCAAGAUGAGCAAGUGGGAAUAGCGUUGUUGGCAGAGGCCAAAACGUUUUGGCCCUCUAUCCCAGAGGGUCAUGGGUGGAACGAUAGGAUGCAUCAAGCUACGAUGAAGGCAAAGCACAAAGGUUUUUACUCGGCUGUCGCUUAUAAUAAACAGCAGUCACAAUCUUCAGCAACUACAGCCUUUCAAUGGGGAGGACUUAGUCAGGUCUCGCACCGAGCUAAAGAAUCAGGGAGCGAUUUGACGGGGCUGGGACGGUGGGCUUAUGUUUGUCUUCAAGGAAAAAAGCUGAAGGCGCAGGGGGGUGAUGAUCACUCCGGCUUGGUGCUAGACGUAAACGAGGCGGUCCGACGCCCGAUUUCACGUGAUCUAGUGCAUAUAGGCCAAACAGAGAAGAUUGAUCCGCGCAAAGCAUUGGUCGAUGACCUGUGCAAGCAAAUUCAAAAAUGGAGGGACAAGGGUUGUGAAUUUUUGCUGGGGAUCAAUGCUAACGAAGACCUUUUGGUCAACUCACCGGACUCCAUACGACAGCGGUUUUGUGAGUGCGGAAUGAAGGAAGCGAUUUUGAAACGGCAUCCCCCCACGGCAACCCACCAACAAAAUGAAAGCAACAUUCCCUCCGACGGAAUCUUUACCACUUCAGGUGUUCCGGUUCUGGCUGGUGGCUACCACGCAUUUGGUGAAUUUGUUGAAUCAGACCACAGGGCACUGUGGAUUGAUAUCGACUUGAACACGGCUUUGGGCAAUUUCACACCCCAGGGGUCUACCUUUAAACCUCGCAAACUCACUCUUUUGGAUAAGCGGUCAAUCAAACGCUAUCUUCAACUGGCCCACUUGGGUUACGAGGAGUAA